AUGACUGUCAACGGGUCAGCUCAUCCUUCCGAGGGGUCCACAGAGGUGAAGGAACUAUGGAGGCAUUCUGAUCCGCAGAGUACCCAGAUAUAUGAUUUCAUGCAGAGAUUGAAUCAAAAGUACAACCUCUCUUUUAGAAGCUACAAUGACCUCUGGCAAUGGAGUGUAUCGCAGCCAGCUAAGUUCUGGGAGGAAAUCUGGUAUUACACAAAUAUCAAAGCACAUCAACCAUAUCAGCAGGUCCUCCCUUCUGAUGAACUGCUCUUUCCUAGACCUCAUUUUUUUGAGGGCAGCAAGCUGAAUUUCGCAGAGAAUCUGUUGUACCCAGCAAGCGCACCAGAUGAUGAUGCCAUCGCAGUGAUCACAGCUACGGAAUCUGAUAGGGAGCAUGUAUCAUGGAAAGAGCUGCGUGACCGCGUGCGCAGGUGCGCCAACUCGCUGAAAGAAGCAGGACUGCAAGCCGGAGAUCGUGUGGCAGGCUUCCUCGGCAAUCAUACCAACACUGUGGUUGCAAUGCUGGCAGCGGCUUCAAUAGGCGCCUUUUGGACCGGUGUAUCACCCGACACAGGUGUGCAUGCUGUACUGGAGCGUCUGAGGCAAAUAGAGCCGAAGAUCCUCUUCGCAGAUAAUGCGUCUUUAUACAACGGCAAAGUCCACAGUGCCCAUGAAAAGAUCCGUCAAAUUGUCUCCGAACUACCACAGCUACAGCUAUUGGUUGUGUUUGAGACCAUCAAAUCUCACGUCAUCAACAUGGACGAAUUGAAGCCGGCCCAGGGGACAGCUCUCGCUUACCAGGCUUUCUUGGAUUCGGCUCAGAACCAGUCGGCUCCUCUUCAAUUUGCAAGCUUGGAUCCUGAUCAUCCGGUCUACAUAUUAUACUCCUCAGGUACUACUGGCGCGCCCAAGCCCAUUGUGCAUGGUGCUCUGGGAACACUGCUGCAGCACAAGAAGGAGCAUGUGCUUCAUUGCGAUAUCCGUCCCGGUGACCGCUUAUUUUAUUUUACAACUACGACCUGGAUGAUGUGGCAUUGGCUGAUAUCCGGCCUCGCGAGCGGCGCUACCAUUGUCUUAUACGAUGGUUCUCCUUUCCGACCCCUAGAUCCAGAAGGCGGGAAUGGGGAAAUGGCUAUGCCGCGGCUCAUCGAUGAACUGAAGAUAACGCACUUUGGAACCUCUGCAAAGUACCUUUCCAUACUGGAACAGGCGUCUCUGAAUCCGACGCGGCACCCUCACCGGCCGGUGACCUUGCAAACACUAAAGGCCAUUUUCAGUACUGGAUCUCCAUUGGCACCUUCUACAUUCGAAUACGUGUACUCUUCAAUUCACCCCGACAUCAUGCUGGGAUCCAUCACUGGCGGCACUGACAUCUUGUCACUAUUCUGCUCGUGCUGCCCCAUCCUCCCCGUCUACAAAGGCGAGAUUCAGUGUCGCUGCUUGGGAAUGGCAGUAUCGGUGUUCGACUACGCUGGGAACGACAUCAGUGCAUCAGAUGAGCCAGGCGAUCUCGUCUGCACAAAACCGUUUCCGGCGCAGCCCGUGAUGUUCUGGCCGCCAGGCCCAGUGGGUGCGGAAAAGUAUCGUAAGAGCUACUUUGAUGUCUUCGGUCCAUCGAUCUGGCACCACGGUGACUUUGUCCGUUUAAAUCCCCGAACUGGUGGAGUUGUCAUGCUGGGCCGGAGUGAUGGCGUGCUCAAGCCAGCAGGUGUCCGCUUUGGCAGUGCCGAGAUCUACAAUAUCCUUCUGAAGCACUUUGCGGAGGAGGUUGAGGACUCUCUGUGCAUCGGACGCAGACGAGAAGGGAUUGACACGGAUGAAACCGUCGUGCUGUUCGUGAAGCUUGCCUCGCAAACCCAGAAAUCCCUAACCAUGCCUUCCGAGCUUGCGACUCGAAUCCAGGCUACCAUCCGCAAGGAACUGAGCCCCCGCCAUGUGCCAGGUAUUGUGGACAUUUGCCCUGAGAUUCCAGUAACUUCCAACGGCAAGAAGGUCGAAAACGCGGUGAAGCAGAUUCUGUGCGGCUUAAACAUCAAGAUCGGCGCGAGUGUUGCAAAUGCUGCCUGUCUUGAUUGGUACAGGAACUGGGCUGCCGAGCAUCCAUAG